UGUGUAUGCAUAUUUUUAUGAGGCAUUGCUUCACAGCGUGUGCCCCGUGCGAGCACAGAUAAUGGCAGCCCGGCAAAAUGGCCAGGCAAACAAAAUGAGACCAAAAGUGAGGCCAAUAAAAAGGCGAUAAAAUUGAAGCCAGAACGAGACACAAAACAAAAAAAAACAAAAAAAAACAGGAAUAAGAGAGCAAUAGAUACAAAUACAAAUAUACAAACACGUUAACACACGUACGUAUUACUGAGCGUUGUUUAUUGCCUCGCACAUCCGCGUGAGAGAUAGCAAAUUCAAAUGCGGUGCUGAUUAAUGGCCUGAAAGAGGAAAGUGGCCAUUGCCCAUUUUGCCCCAUUUUGCCGACGGAAUGCGCAUAAUUCACGUUAGCGUAACGAGUUAUCGCCAGCGGCGGCUGCUGAUGCUGGCCACGCUCCUGUCGCUGAGCCUGGCUGCUUGUCGUACAACAGCCGUCGCUGCGAUGGAGUUCUCGGUCGAGCAGCAGCUGGAUCCAAGGACAACGGUAACAACAACUGAGGCAAUUAGGCAUGUUGUCGUCACCACAAUCGACAGUCAACCAAAAACUACAACUACAACAACAACAACAACAACAUAUCGCAACCGUCCAGCGCUCAGUGACAAUUGGAAGGGGGCCAGGACGAAAGUGAAGCGACGACAGCGACUAAAUUCAUCGAGUAAUUUACCCACCAUCAAUGCCGGCAGCGGUACAAAUUUGAGCAGCUGGCAACAGCAGCGCUAUUUAAAGGUAAAUCAGGUCUUUGAAAGCGAACGUCGCAUGUCCCAUGCCGAAAUCCAGCACAAUCAUGGCAAAAUCGUUCUGCUCGGACUCUUUGAGCUAUCGACGAAACGCGGCCCACGGCCGGACGGACUCAGCGAGCUGGGCGCCGCAACAAUGGCCGUGGAGCACAUUAACCGCAAACGACUGCUGCCCGGCUACACGCUCGAGCUGGUCACCAAUGAUACGCAGUGUGAUCCUGGCGUGGGUGUGGAUCGUUUUUUUCAUGCCAUCUACACACAGCCUUCAACACGCAUGAUGAUGCUGCUGGGCUCCGCCUGCUCGGAGGUAACCGAAAGUCUGGCCAAGGUGGUACCCUACUGGAACAUUGUGCAGGUCUCCUUUGGUUCAACAUCACCGGCGUUGAGCGACAGACGCGAAUUUCCCUAUUUCUAUCGAACCGUUGCUCCCGACUCCUCCCACAAUCCGGCUCGCAUUGCGUUCAUUCGCCGCUUUGGCUGGGGCACCGUCACUACGUUCUCGCAGAAUGAGGAGGUGCAUUCCCUGGCGGUGAACAAUCUGGUCACCGAGCUGGAGGCGGCAAACAUAUCCUGCGCAGCGACAAUCACAUUUGCAGCAACGGAUUUCAAAGAGCAGCUCCUACUUCUCCGGGAGACGGACACACGCAUCAUUAUCGGCAGCUUCUCGCAGGAGCUGGCACCACAGAUACUCUGCGAAGCCUACAGGCUGCGAAUGUUUGGCGCCGACUACGCCUGGAUAUUGCACGAGAGCAUGGGCGCACCCUGGUGGACCGACCAGCAGACACCAUGCACCAAGCACGAACUCCAGCUGGCCGUUGAGAAUCUCAUCGUUGUCUCCACGCAUAACAGCAUUGUGGGCAACAAUGUUAGCUACAGCGGACUGAACAAUCACAUGUUUAAUUCGCAGCUGCGCAAACAAUAUGAACAGUUUCACUAUCAGGAUGCGGCCCUAGAGCCUGACAGAGGCAGCAGCACAAGCAGCAGCAGUCGGAACCACAAGCGCACACCACAAUCGGAUUUGCGAGGACGCAAGAGACGUGGCAUUAACAGCAGCCACCAUCUGCCGGAUGCCAUAUCCCGUUAUGCACCGCAAACCUACGAUGCCGUUUGGGCCAUUGCAUUAGCAUUGCGCGCUGCAGAGGAGCAUUGGCGCCAGAAUGCAGCACAUUCCAAGCUGGAUGGUUUCGAUUAUACGCGCAGCGACAUGGCCUGGGAGUUCCUCCAGCAGCUCGGCAAACUACACUUCUUAGGCGUAUCGGGACCCGUCUCCUUCAGCGGUCCGGAUCGCGUUGGCACCACUGCAUUCUAUCAGAUACAGCGGGGCCUGCUGGAGCCUAUUGCUCUCUAUUAUCCCGCCACGGAUGCUCUGGACUUUCGAUGUCCCCGCUGUCGCCCGGUCAAGUGGCACAGUGGGCAGGUGCCCAUCGCAAAGCGGGUUUUUAAGUUGCGCGUGGCGACAAUUGCACCACUGGCAUUCUACACUAUAGCAACACUGUCGAGCGUGGGAAUUGCAUUGGCCAUUGCAUUUCUCGCCUUCAAUCUGCACUUUCGCAAGCUCAAAGCAAUUAAACUUUCUAGCCCGAAGCUGAGCAACAUUACCGCUGUGGGUUGCAUCUUCGUUUAUGCCACCGUCAUCUUGCUGGGCCUAGACCACUCGACGCUGCCCUCGGCGGCCGAUUCCUUUGCCACGGUUUGCACGGCACGGGUGUAUUUGCUGUCGGCUGGCUUCUCGUUGGCUUUUGGCUCCAUGUUUGCAAAGACGUAUCGGGUGCACCGCAUCUUUACACGCACUGGCAGCGUAUUCAAAGACAAAAUGCUGCAGGACAUUCAGCUAAUUCUGCUCGUCUGCGGCCUGUUGCUUGUCGACGCCCUCCUCGUCACAUUGUGGGUCGUCGCCGACCCAAUGGAACGGCAUUUGCAUAAUUUGACACUCGAAAUCAGCUCCAUUGAUCGCAGUGUUGUCUACCAGCCGCAGGUCGAAGUUUGUCGCUCGCAGCACACACAAACCUGGCUAAGCGUUCUGUAUGCUUACAAGGGUCUGCUGCUCGUCGUUGGCGUUUACAUGGCCUGGGAGACGCGUCACGUGAAGAUAGCCGCCUUGAACGACUCCCAGUACAUUGGAGUCUCUGUGUAUAGUGUGGUCAUUACUAGUGCCAUUGUUGUGGUCCUCGCUAAUCUAAUCUCGGAGCGAGUCACGCUGGCAUUCAUCACCAUAACAACGUUGAUACUGACCUCCACGACAGCCACAUUGUGUCUGCUCUUCAUACCCAAGCUGCACGACAUCUGGGCACGCAACGACAUUAUCGAUCCUGUGAUACACAGCAUGGGCCUCAAAAUGGAGUGCAAUACGCGUCGGUUUGUCAUCGAUGAUCGUCGAGAGCUGCAGUAUCGCGUUGAGGUGCAGAAUCGCGUUUACAAGAAGGAGAUACAGGCACUCGAUGCUGAGAUACGCAAACUGGAGCGGAUGCUCGAAUCGGGGCUGGGCACUGGCUCGACUACAACCUCCUCAUCCACUUCACUGCUGGGUGGACAUAAUCAUCUGAGGCCAGAGCUAACGGUUACAAGCGGGAUCUCGCAGCCAGUGUUGCCAACGAAUAAAUCUCGGACUCCCAGCAUUUCGGGAAUACUGCCCAAUCUGCUGUUGUCUGUUCUGCCGCCAGUGAUUCCACGUGCCAGUUGGCCGUCAGCGGAAUAUAUGCAGAUACCGAUGCGACGUUCGGUGACAUUUGCCUCACAGCCGCAGCUGGAGGAGGCAUGUCUGCCGGCGCAGGAUCUGUUCAAUCUUCGUCUAGCCCAUCAGCAGGCAACUGAGGCGAAGACUGGAUUAAUAAAUCGCCUGCGUGGCAUCUUCUCACGCACGACGAGCAGCAACAAGGGCUCUACAGCCAGUUUGGCAGAUCAAAAAGGUCUCAAGGCAGCGUUUAAAUCGCACAUGGGUCUUUUUACACGGUUGAUACCCUCCUCGCAGACAGCCUCCUGCAAUGCCAUCUACAGCAAUCCCAGUCCUCAGCCCGAGGGCAAUAGUCCGGCCAUUGAGAAUGGCGCUCAUCUCAAACCCAUUCAUCGGGGAUCGCUUACGAAAAGCGGCACACAUCUCGAUCAUUUGACCAAGGAUCCCAAUUUUCUGCCCAUACCCACCAUAUGCAGCGAGAAAUUCGAUCAGGAGGUGCAAACGGGCAAGUAUGUCAAGCUGCCCGAGACCAAGGUCAACUUUCAGCUGCCCAGCAGCAGACGACCCUCGGCGGUGCAGCCAGCGCCACCCAGCCUGAGAGAGCGUGUGCGUGGCUCACCACGAUUUCCACAUCGCAUCCUGCCGCCCACUUGCAGUCUCAGUGCUCUCGCCGAAUCGGAGGAUCGCGUGGGAUCCGAGGUGUCGACUUUAGCGGGUAGUUGCAAGUCCAUACCGCGCAUAUCACUGCAGCAGGCGACAAGUGGCGGCACCUGGAAGUCCAUGGAGACGGCGGCCAAGUCGCGACUCUCACUCGACUCCCAGGAGGAGCAGCUGAACGGCGAUAUAGCAAUAGCGGCGCCAACAAAUGGUCUUGAUUAAUAUUUGCUGAAGUGCUGAACACUUUCGUCACCAUAAAACACACACACACUAAAAUACUACGCUUAUGCUUUGGCAUAAAUUAGUGAAA